GUGGUGCAGGAGUACGAGAGGGCCGUCAUCUUCAGGCUCGGUCGCCUCCUGAAGGGCGGCGCCAAAGGCCCCGGCAUCUUCUUCGUCAUUCCCUGCAUCGACUCCUACAGGAAGAUCGACCUCAGGACCGUGUCCUUUGACGUCCCGCCUCAAGAGAUACUAUCGCGGGACCAUGUCACGGUGUCGGUAGAUGCGGUUGUCUACUAUAGAGUCUCGGACCCCGUAAUGGCUGAAAAUAAUGUAGAGGAUUACAGCCACUCGACGCGCCUGCUGGCAGCGACGACGCUGCGCAACGUGCUGGGCACGAAGAACCUCGCCGAGAUCCUGAGCGAGCGCGAGACUAUCUCGCACAACAUGCAGAACAGUCUCGACGAGGCCACCGACCCCUGGGGGGUUAAAGUCGAGCGUGUCGAGAUGUGAGAUGUGUAAUGUGUUGUAUAUAGUAUGUUAUGUAUAUUGUAUAGCGUGUUAUAUGUAGCCUAUAGCGCGAGACUAUCUCGCACAACAUGCAGAACAGUCUCGACGAGGCCACCGACCCCUGGGGGUUAAAGUCGAGCGUGUCGAGACGUGAGUGACGUCAUCAGCCAGAGCACCGCGGCCCUUCAGCUGCGGUACCUACAAACGCUCAGCCAAAUCUCGGCGGAGAAGAACUCGACUAUCAUCUUCCCGCUGCCCAUCGACAUCAUUAAGACACUAGUGUCGAAAUAGUGUCACUAGUGCCCCCUGCCUACUUGCUUGCGGCUAUCAUCCUCCUGCCGCUGUCAGCUUCAGAAAUGAUCAGCAGACCCGAGGAAGUGAUAAAUGUUCUGCCGCGUCCUCCAGAAUUUAUCACCUGACCUAUAGUUAUAGAAAAUCAACAAGCAAGUGAUCAAUUGUGAUCUCUUGAAUCUCAGGAUAGAUAUCAACGCCGAUAAAUCGAGUGACUAAUUCUAGGAUAAAUGGAGUGAUAAAUUUGGUUUCAAUUUUUUGAUGAUUUCGAUAGAGUUGCCAAAGAAGAGAUAUAGAAUCUAUUGAUAGAAAUACUCGUACGUAGUGAGAGAUUUGAUGAUAACUUUAGUGAUGUAUCUUAUUGAAAUGUUUGGAGCAGAGCACGUAGUGAAUAAUAUAUGUGGUGGCAGUUGAAUCUUCAAUAACAUUUGUAAACGAUCUUUAAAAAUCAAGCGCGUGGCACCGGCGAUUUAAGGGCGAUGAGCUCUGCCAUACAAGAGCCCAACCCGCACCAACCAUCGGAAAUAUUCUCCCAGAAUGUGAAGCAUGAUUGGCUCAUUGGCGGGGACAUGGAGCGAAGAAACGAUGUUGACAUCUAAACUUUAUGAGCUGAAGACUUGCAGUUUAUUUGUUGAGGCGAGUAACACUCCUACCGCCGAGGAUGCCACUAGGCAACUGAACCCGCUGCCGGACGUUCUGCACCGCUCUGCGCUGUACGACAACUGACAACUACGGCCGGUUCUCCUGCUGUAGUCUGGCGGCCAUUGCCAGACCGCAGUGUGUCGGUGACCGAAGUGUAUUAUGCCACGGCCUCUUGGCAUCCUCUGUCAUUUAUGUGCAAAAUCCAGCUGAAUUUUUUGACGUAUAAUCCGGCCUAUUUUGCGUGCAAAAUCCAGUCAAUUUUUUUUGUGAAUAAUCCAGCCUACCUUCCUUGUCACUUCCUGGAUCGCAUCUCACGCCCCUGAAUCGCAGAUGAAACGACCUCGAUUUUUGGUCCUAGCGCUACUAGCGCCGCAGGCGCGGGUGAACGGCUAAGGGGAGGCAACCACCAAUGCUGUUCUUGAUGACGUCAUCACGAGUGACGUCAUCACGCGUGACGUCAUCACGCGUGACGUCAUCGCGCGUGACGUCAUCUCGUGUGACGUCACCAUGUAAACAAACGAUGUUGUGUAUAUUUUACGAUACUUUUGAUGUGACCGCGAGUUUCAGAAGAGAAAUUAGUAUAUUUAUUCCCCUAAUUGUUUGCAUGCCGCAUAUUGAAUCAUAUUUACCUCUUAGCUUUGUUAUUAUAUACAUACUUUGCCUCAAUUAUAAUGCAAAUACUUUCAUCUCUUAGCAAAUUACCAAAUUACAAUCAAGAUUCGAAUUAACAAUAAAAAUAAUAGUUAAACAAAUUACAUUAGAUAACAGCGAUAGGUGAUUUAAUAAAAAGUCGUAAAGAUAUUUUCGCAUAUCUUGAUUUUAUUUAUUGUGUACAUUAUGAAAUUUUAUUGCAAACUUGUCUGAAAAAAUGUGCUCGUUGUUUGAGUGCUUAGAAAUUAGGGUUUGGAGUAUUGUUAGGCUUAAUGGUUUGAUAUUGUUUAUGGUUUAAAAUAUUGUUAGGC